AUAUAAAGUUUGGUUGACCUUGAAGUCUAUCGUGGGAGAGUGUGUUGGUCGACGACCUGAGUGUGGGAGAGAGACUGCAGAGUGGAGGAGACAACGCAGCAGCGACAAGAUGAUUAUUCCUGUUCGGUGCUUCACCUGUGGAAAGGUGAUUGGUAACAAGUGGGAUACAUAUCUGGACCUCCUUCAGGCCGAUUACACGGAAGGAGAUGCUCUUGAUGCGCUGGGAUUGGUCAGAUAUUGCUGCAGACGGAUGCUCAUGACUCAUGUUGACCUCAUUGAGAAGCUCUUAAACUACAAUACUUUGGACAAAACUGAGUCCGGUUAACAGAAGGACGACUGCUUAUCUUGUAUCACAACUCUCCGAAGAACAUGGCAUAGAUAUAGCUAGCAUGAUGGAUUCUCUUGUAAUGAUAUAUACCUAUAUUCUGUUAAUUGAACAUGAUAUCAUAGUGAGACUGCAAUGGCUAUUUGUUCCACAUUUUACCUUGUUUGAUUCUAGUUUUUUCUACUUCCCUC